AUGUUGAUAAAAAUAACGUUAAUCGUCACAAUCUAUCUUCAGUUUAUUAUCACCAAAGCAUCGGUAAUUCCAUUUAGAAGCAACACACGUGUUGGAAACAUUUUUGGAUGGUUUACAGUUGACAAUAAUAAUGGCGAAAUAUUAAAGCCAAUUGUAAGAGCCGAGAGAAGAUGGAAAGGUGAACUAAGCUUGUCGUUGGGAUGGAAGCCAUUAAUAGCAUCAGUGGAGCUUGGGUACAUUCGUCUACAUCAGAAACCAUCAAAUAUAUUUGGCUACAUUGAAAGCGGAAACGGCGAUUUUUCGGAAGAAAGCGUAUUGACAACACAAUCAAAUGAUGUUCCCGAUUCAUCUUUUGAAUCAACGACGGAAAUUUCAAUUCUCACCAAAACAUUAAAUUUAACGGAUUUCACAGAAAGUUCAUUUGAUUCUUCAGUGGAUAGAAAUCGAGUAAGAAGGGAUGCUCCAGAGAACAAAGAAUCUGCUAAUCAAGAAUAUAAAACUGAAAUUGAAGAUGAUAUGGAGUCAACAUCUAUCGAGCCAACUAUAAUCCCAAUGAGCCAACAAGAGAAAGAGUCGUCUGAAAAUGUUUUCGUUACUCUUUCCCCACCAACAGAUUCUGAUGCUUUUGAGAAUGUAAACAAAGCUUCAAGUUACGACAAAUUUCCUUAUCCAACAUCAAAUAUUCCGUUUGCACAGCAUGUUGCAAUCACUCACACACCACGCCACCAAUAUUAUGUUCCGCCUGUAAAGAGCUAUUACGACUUCAAUCCAAGUCAAAUUGAUUACAGCUACAUUCCACAUUGCAUCAACUCUCUUCACCAUAAAUUUGUUCCAAUCAUUCACGAUGCUUGGAUGAAUUACCCCAAG